GUGACAUAUAAUACAUGUACCGUAUGUGUCAACUAUUAUAGUGAAAUGAAGUAACAUAGAAAAGUAAACAAACUAAAUACGCGUAACAUACGACUAAUACAUUUCCUCAGUUAAAUAUGUCUCAGACAAAACCGUACGAAUCUACAUGAACGCGGAAUAUGGGCGAUGGAAUCCCCUCCUGGUUAGAUGAAAAGUUCUUGGCAGCCUCUCUUCAGGGAGAACAAAGCAAUCAGCCAAAGGUGUCGAUCGUCAGUUUUAAAAUCGCUCCACCCACAACUAUUGACGGUUACUCGAGCGAUAUCUACAGGGUCCAUGUAAAUUAUAGGCGGGAAGGCUCUACACAGGAACAGUCAAAAUAUCUUGUCGUGAAAGUCCCUGACUCGACCGGGUUGAUAAAUAUUUUGUUGGGUCCCAUCAGUUGUGAAAAAGAGCAUUUGUGUUAUAAAGUUCUGCUCCCGAAAAUGAUGUCAAAAGUUAAGUGUGCCUUCGCCGCUGAGUCGUUCCACAGCACUGUCGAUAAAGUGAUCGUAAUGGAAGAUCUGGGAAAGGAAUAUCGCUUGGCGGAUAGAUCCAAACAGUUGGACUUGGAACACUGUAAGUUAGUCUGGGCUACUUUGGCCAAAUAUCACGCAAGCUCCGUAGCUAUACACGCCGAGAACAAAGAAGUGAUCGACUUUGUGGCCACAGAAGUGUUCUUCCCGGAAGGUGGAGUCAUGCGACAGUGGAUAGAGUUGGGGAACAGGACCCUCGGGGUGUCCUUAGAGAAACAGGGUCACAAAGAGUACGCAGACGUUUUCCUCAGCAGAAUUGAAAACAUUUGGGAUACUUUAGUGGAGAAUGUAAAGCCUCAACCGGGGCGCUUGAAUGUACUGAAUCACGGAGACUUGUGGUUGAACAAUUUAUUUUUUAAAUAUAAUGAAGCAAAAGAACCGGUGGAAGUAAGAUUUAUAGACUUUCAAGCGUCUCGAUAUUCUCUCCCCGUAAUGGACUUGGUGUACUUUCCUGUACGGCAAUGCCCAAUACGACGUGAGGGAAUAUCGACAGAAGGAACUGUACAGCCACUACCUGGAGGUCCUGAACCGCACUCUAGAGGAGCUCGGGCGAUCCGAGCGGUUUACGGAACAACAGUUGAAGGAAGAUUUGAAAUCAUCGAUUCCUUGGUUUAUCGGUACCCUCAUCUUUUCCGUGUCACUCAUAGUCUUCAGUCAGUUAACUCACGACCUACCCUUCAAUGGACUGGUAGCGGACGACUUUGUAUCUGGGAAAGCUAAUCCCGCCAUUCUUCACGUGCUGCAAGGAGAGGACUUCAACUCUCGCCUCCCACACUACGUGAGGCAGUACCUCGCCUUUAUUGAAUCAUAACAGUGUACAAAGCAAAGAUCAAUAUGUCUGUUCAGUUAAGGUUUAUUGUUUGCUUAAACUGUAAAGUUUGCUUUAUCAAUACCUUGUUAUCGCUAACAAAUACAUACAAAUUUAUAAAAUUGCGAUAUAAAUUCUCCAAAAAUAAACCAAAUUACGAUGAAUUUAGUAAUAUAUACAUUUAUUAAUAAACUCAUAAAUGCGACUGAUAAAUUUAAUGCACUGAUGUAAUGCUCUAAAGGUACUCUAAAGGAUACUGUUAUCAAUGGCAGAACUAUUGGAUUGUAACACAGUAUUUAAUUAAAUACAUUUGUUCAUAACUGAAUUGCUUUCGUUGCCUAAUCAAUCUAAAUGUCUAUUACAACUUUAUUAACUUCAUAUUUUAAAUACUUAUAUAGGAUUUGGAAAAGAUUAGAGCCACCUUCAUUUAUUUUAAAUUAGCAGCUAUCCGGGAAGAAAGAAAAACAGAUACACCGUAGACAUGUUUCUUUUAAAAGUCAUUGUAAGCACUCCUGGGUUAGGUGUUACACUGACAAUGGAAUAUCUUCUGAUCCAUUUUAGUUUUAAAGUUCAAAGAGCAGUGUUGUGGGGCCCUCAAGUCUGAGAGUGACACGGAUUUAUAACUACCGUGAAAGACCUUAAACUUAUUUAAAAUUUUAUUUUAUAAUAAACGAUACGAGUAACAAAAAAACUAUUUUAGGCCAGCGUGUAGAAAUCUUAAAUUCGAAGUUCUUAGUUUUCAGUUAACUCACUCAUAAUAUAAUGAAUAAUAGGACUCUAUGAGAUUUUGAAACAAUAACAAUAAAAAACAUGUUAUUGAUAUGUAACAACAUUAUAAGUUGUGUCAUCAAUGCCGAUAUUGUAAUAACAAAUUUUAAACGAGACAGUUACUACCCAGGACAAACAAAAUGUAGGUUCCUUUUGAAUGAUUUGUCCCUUGUUUUUAAUUUAAUAUAUUCUAGAUGUUUAAUAAAAGACCUAUUUAAGUUUUUUUUUUUAAAUAAAUUUAGUCUGUGUUACCGAGUAUGGGAAUGUCUCUGUACAGUCCGACCGCCCGGGUCAAGUCCAGGCGACGAACCUACCUCCAUUGUACGCUUGCCCACGCUCUUUCUUUUUAACUCCUUCUACGGAAGAAGAAGUUAUAAGCAUUGUUAUAGGCAUGAAAAAUAAAAACUCUUCUGGUUUUGACAAUAUUACCGUGCAACUACUGAAGUUUACGAUCCCUGAAUUAGCAGCAAUUUUGACACAUUUAAUUAAUCUUAGCUUUAGUAAGGGAAUAUUUCCUGAAAAUCUAAAAUUAAGCUCUGUUAUUCCAAUUUUUAAAAAUAGUAGUUCAAUUAAAACUGACAAUCUGAGACCCAUUAGUUUGCUUUCAGUUUUCUCAAAAUUAAUUGAAAAGAUUAUGGUAGUAAGACUUCAAAAAUUUUUGCAGACUACAAAUUUUUAUAACCCUUGUCAAUUUGGUUUUACAAAAGGUAAAUCUACAGAGGAUGCUCUCAUAGCAGUUUCAGAAAAGAUUUACAGUAGUUUCAAUAAUAAACUUAAGACAUCAGGUCUUUUUAUUGAUUUUAAAAAGGCUUUUGAUUUGGUUGAUCACGGCAUUCUCCUAUCCAAGUUGGAGGCUGCAGGAGUAAGAGGGAUUCCCUUGUGUUGGUUUAAAUCUUUCCUUAUUGGUAGAAGACAACGUGUUGAAAUCGGCAAAAUUUUCAGUACUUCAAAGGUUGUUAAGGCCGGAGUACCGCAAGGAUCGGUUAUCUCGGCAACUUUAUUUCUAAUUUUUAUAAACGACUUGUUAAACUUAAAUUUUGAAGGCAGCAUUAGUGCUUUUGCUGACGACAUUGCCCUUUUUUAUUCUCAACAAAACGAAGCCAUGAUUGGGCUUUCGAUUAAUCAAGAUCUUCGAUUGUUAAGAGAGUGGUGUCUCGAAAAUCGUAUGCAAGUCAACACAAAUAAAUCCAAAUAUUUGAAUUUUCAUUUUUCAGGUUUUGAAAUUCCAUUUCCUAUAAUAUUUCACUCAAAAUUAUGCAAUUUUCAAAAUUGUCUCUGUGAACCUUUGGAGAAAGUAAAACAAAUAAAGUAUUUAGGUAUUGUUUUAGAUGAGAAGUUUACUUUUGAAGCACACAUUGAUGUUCUACACAAAAAAAUAAGACAAGCUAUAAGGAAGUUUUAUUUCUUGAGAAAUGUUUGUAGUACUUCGCUACUCAGAACAAUUUACUUUGCAUUAAUUCAUUCAAGAUUGCAGUAUGGAAUUGUGUGUUGGGGGUGGUACCUUUAAAUUUUUAAUUGAAAAACUUAGAAUAACUCAAAAUUACUUUUUGCGAAUAAUUUUAAAGGGGUCAAAAAGGGAUAGUUCUUUUCCUUUGUUUCAAAAUUUGCGUAUAUUACCUGUUCAGCAUAUUUUCAUUUAUAAAGUGCUAAGGAUAUUUUUUAUUAGAAGCGGAAAUCUUGGUUUGGAAAAUUUGCAUUAUGUUACAAGAUUUAGCCACCAAAUUAACUUUAAAUUGCCAAAAGUAAACAAGUCAUUUUUUCGGCAUUCAUUUCAGUACUUGGGACCAAAAUAUUAUAAUCAGUUAUCCAAUAGCAUUAAAUCCAGUGGCAAUUUAUAUAAAUUUUCCAAAAAAAGUGUUUGAUUGGCUAUUGUCUUUGAAUGACACAAGUUUUUUAAAUAGUAUUCUUAGUUAAAGUAUUAUAAGAUAGUACGUUUUUUCCUUAAAGUGUGUUUUCUAUAAAUGUAUAUUAAGUUUGUUAAUGUGACAAAUUUUAUAGUUAUAUUGUUAGGUAAGCAUACAUUGUUAGUAAUAAUAUUUAAAUUGUAUUAUUAUAUAGUCAUAACAACUGUUUGUCUUUAAGCUUAGAAAAAAAAUUAAGUCUAUUUGUUCUUUUAGUUUAGAAUUUUAUCAGAUGCUGCAGAAAACGACAUUUUUUCAGCUAUAAUGUUAAUGCUAGACUCAUAAUUUUCAAUUUAAAAUUCUAUUAAAAUUACAAUUUUGUUUUUUUUUUUCACCUGGCCACAAUACUAGCAAAAGUGGCCAGGAAAUUUCCAGAUGAUUUAUGUAUGUACAAAACUAUGUAAAAAAUAAUUGGAAAUAAAUCAUUAUUUCAUUAUGUAA